ACCUCAUUCACUCUUUCCUUUAGCCCCUAUCUUCCUUUUGAAGCCACUUAAACUCACUGAAACACUCAUCGCCCGCUAAAAAAGAUGUUUCUUUCCCUCUUACUUUCCUUCAUUUUAGGGUUUCUUUCCUUCUCUUUUUUGUCUUUCUCCAAAAAACUUCAUCUCAAAUGCAGAAGAAUCACACCCAUCUAUGGCCCUUCUUCUUAUCCAAUCCUUGGCUGUCUUAUUUCCUUCUACAAAAAUAGUCACCGUCUAUUGGAUUGGUACACUGAACUUUUAUCAGAGUCACCCACACAAACCAUUCUCGUUCAACGCUUUGGCGCACCUCGAACUAUAAUCACAGCCAAUGCGAAUAACGUUGAGCACAUUCUCAAAACGAACUUCAUUAAUUAUCCUAAGGGUCAGCCAUUUACAGAGAUAUUAGGCGAUUUUCUAGGGAUGGGAAUCUUCAAUGUAGACGGCGAGCGAUGGAACACGCAGCGCAAAUUGGCUAGCCACGAGUUCAGCACAAAGUCAUUGAGGGAAUUUGUGGUCAAAACUCUAGAAGAAGUAGUUGAGACGAGACUGAUUCCAUUGCUUGACCAAGCUGCAAAAUCUACCAAAGUGUUGGACUUGCAAGACGUGCUUAGGCGUUUUGCAUUCGACACAAUUUGCAAGGUGUCACUCGGCACUGACCCACAUUGCUUGGACGAUCUUUCGCACGUGCCAAUUCUGGUUGAAGCGUUUGACAACGCUUCUCAAGCGUGUGCCAUGCGUGGGAUGGCGCCUAUAUACGCGGUCUGGAAAAGCAAGAGAGCGCUCAAUUUAGGAUCCGAGAAGAAGCUGAAAGAAAACGUGAAACGAGUUCACUGUUGUAUUAGCGAGAUCAUAGAGAAAAAGAAACAAAAGAUCAAUGAAAAUGGGGAUCACAAAAACAUGGAUCUUCUCUCAAGAUUAUUAAUUGCUGGCCACGAAGAUGAGGUGGUAAGAGAUAUGGUCAUAAGUUUUUUAAUAGCAGGAAGAGAUACUACUUCUUCAGCCUUGACUUGGCUUUUUUGGCUAACUACCAAACAUCACGACGUCAAAAACGAAAUGAUCAGUGAAAUAACGUCGAUCAACAAUGGCGAUAAGGCACUCGAAUUCGACGACUUGAAAGAGAUGAAGUAUUUACAAGCGUGUUUGAAUGAAUCAAUGAGGCUUUAUCCGCCAGUGGCUUGGGACUCAAAGCAUGCGGCUAAAGAUGACAUUUUACCCGACGGUACAAGAGUUCAAAAAGGAAAUAGAGUUACUUAUUUUCAGUACGGAAUGGGUAGAAUGGAGGAGAUAUGGGGAAAAGACCGACUUGAAUUUAAACCGGAUCGUUGGUUGGAUGAAAAUGGAGUGUCGAAAAGUGUUUGUCCAUAUAAGUUUCCAGUGUUUCAAGCAGGUCCAAGGGUGUGUUUGGGAAAAGAAAUGGCAUUUACACAGAUGAAGUAUGUGUUGGCUUCAGUACUAAGGCGGUUCGAGAUUAAACCGGUGAAUGUAGAUAAGCCGGUUUUUGUGCCUCUUUUAACUGCACACAUGGCUGGUGGUUUCAAUGUGAGAAUCUAUCACCGUGGCAGCGCAUGAAAUGUAAAAUAUUUACAGCGAUCAAUUAGUAGUAUUUGCUGCAUGUUAUAUAUUGAAAAAUGAAAGUCCAAAUUAACGGAUAUGUAUAAAUAUAUAGCUUGAAGCUUCUUGUGCAUUUGUUUCGAA